GCAGUUGUUAUGCUGGCCUCGCUCACCCCCGGUUCCUUUAAUCUGCCGUAACGAGUGCCGGCAGUCAGCUCUGGCAUUCCAUGCCUCCGACCAGCUCCACCAGCCAGGCUCCCUUCCAGCAGCCACAUGCACCCCUCAUUCCUUUUUGCCGUUGGCCCUUUUAUCUCUGCCGGCCGGUGAUUAGAAGUGACAUCAUCCUCCAGCUGUAAGUAAUUUAAGGCAUGAUCCGCGCCAUGGGAGCUUCUCCUGCUGUCUCUGCUCUUCCUCCCAUCCUGCGGUUAGUACGGGAGUUCGUGGCUCAGAGCAACACGACCCAGAUCAAGCAUGUGAUCCAGAUCUUGUCACAGGAGUUUGCGCUUUCACAGCACCCUCACAGCAGGAAAGGGGGACUCAUCGGCCUGGCAGCCUGUUCCAUCGCCCUUGGCAAGGACUCUGGGCUGUACUUGAAGGAGCUGAUAGAGCCAGUGCUGACGUGCUUCAAUGAUGCUGACAGCCGUUUGCGGUACUAUGCCUGCGAGGCCUUGUACAACAUUGUCAAGGUGGCCCGGGGCUCUGUCCUGCCUCACUUCAAUGUGCUGUUUGAUGGCCUAAGCAAGCUUGCUGCUGAUCCAGACCCAAAUGUAAAGAGUGGCUCAGAACUACUGGACCGAUUGCUCAAGGACAUUGUGACUGAGAGUAACAAGUUUGAUCUGGUGAGCUUCAUCCCCCUACUGCGGGAGCGGAUUUAUUCAAACAACCAGUAUGCCCGGCAGUUCAUCAUAUCCUGGAUCCUAGUGCUAGAGUCUGUACCUGACAUCAAUCUCCUGGAUUACCUGCCGGAGAUCCUGGAUGGCCUCUUCCAGAUCCUGGGAGACAACAGCAAAGAAAUACGGAAAAUGUGUGAAGUAGCACUUGGGGAAUUCCUUAAGGAGAUCAAGAAGAAUCCCUCCAGCGUCAAGUUUGCAGAGAUGGCCAAUAUUCUAGUGAUUCACUGUCAGGCCUCUGAUGACCUGAUACAGCUUACGGCCAUGUGUUGGAUGAGGGAGUUCAUCCAGCUGGCUGGCCGGGUGAUGCUGCCCUACUCCUCUGGGAUCCUGACUGCAGUUCUGCCAUGUCUAUCCUAUGAUGACCGCAAGAAGAACAUCAAAGAGGUGGCCAAUGUGUGUAACCAGAGCCUGAUGAAGCUUGUCAUCCCAGAAGAUGAUGAAACAGAUGAAGCCAAGCAAUCCAUGAGCCUGCAAACAGAAGCCAACUCAGAGGAGUCUCUCUCCAAGCCUGAGGUGCCCUCCAGUGGUUCCCUUGAUACCUCGAGUGACUCCAAUUUCAGCAACACCAGUGUCUUCACUGUAACCAGUUCUGACAAAGUACAGGUGACGCUUAACCUUGAUGGAAUAGUUCAGGUGCUGGACUAUCACCUUCAUGACACGUCCAUUGGGAUGAUGACCAGAAUUGCAGUUCUGAAAUGGCUCUAUCAUUUGUACAUCAAGACUCCUCGUAAAAUGUUCCGGCACACGGACAGCCUCUUCCCCAUUUUGCUUCGAACGCUGUCAGAUGAAUCGGAUGAAGUUAUCUUGAAGGAUCUAGAAGUGUUGGCUGAGAUUGCAUCUUCUCCUGCAGGCCAAACGGAAGGACAUGGGCCAUAUGAAGGCUCAGACAUGCAAUCCAGCCAAUCAGAGCUCCAUGUGCCCAUCAAACCCAGCCAGCUGAGCACCUCUGGUACUAAAGGCGUGGAGUGUUCUCCUUCCACACCCACCAUGAACUCCUACUUCUACAAAUUCAUGAUCAAUCUGCUCAAGAGAUUUAGCAGUGAGAGGAAACUACUGGAGACAAGGGGAGCUUUCAUCAUCAGGCAACUUUGUCUACUGCUGAAUGCAGAGAACAUCUUCCACUCCAUGGCAGACAUCUUGCUUCGGGAGGAGGACCUUAAGUUUGCCUCUACCAUGGUUCAUACCCUGAACACUAUACUGCUGACAUCCUCUGAGCUCUUCCAGCUGAGAAACCAGCUCAAAGACCUGAAGACACUGGAGAGCCGUAACCUGUUUUGCUGCCUGUACCGUUCCUGGUGCCACAACCCUGUGACAACUGUGUCCCUCUGCUUCCUCACCCAGAACUACAAACAUGCCUAUGACCUCAUCCAGAAGUUUGGGGACCUGGAAGUCACAGUGGAUUUCCUCACAGAGGUAGACAAGCUGGUACAGCUCAUUGAAUGUCCAAUUUUCACAUAUCUUCGCCUGCAGCUGCUGGAUGUGAAAAAUAAUCCCUACCUGAUCAAGGCUCUCUAUGGGCUGCUGAUGCUGCUGCCCCAGAGCAGUGCCUUCCAGCUCCUCUCCCACCGCCUGCAGUGUGUGCCCAACCCUGAGCUCAUGCAGACCACAGACAGCACCAAGAUUGGCCAUGGCUUCAAGAAAUCACCGGCACCCAACAUCGACUAUGUGGAGCUGCUGCAGCACUUUGAGAAAGUCCAGAACAAGCACCUAGAAGUGCGGCACCAGCGGGCAGGCCGGGGGGAGCACCUGGACCGGAGGGUCAUCCUCUGAGUGCCAAAGCCCUCAGCAUGUGUGGAGACUGUAGCUCGGGGAGAGGCCAAGGCAGGGGGAGCCACAGGGACUUAGUGGCUGCAGUGGAUUCAGGACAUGUGCUCCAUUGGGGAGGGAGGACCAGGGCUGUUUGGAACACUCAGCUGGGGAAGGAUCUCCACCAGCAAUGCUUGCAUGCAGGGCACUUUCCUGGAGAAAUGUCUGCAAAGCCCAGGACCUGAUACCAUGCAACCUUUCUCAUUAUCUCAAAACAAGCUUGUUGGGACCUGUUGGUAGGGAGGUGACUGGAGGAGCCACCAACUCCAUCUACCCAUCCUUGGACUCGUGCAACAGGGUGAGCUAGCUACUUGCCUUACUAAUGCCUCCCCUGUGACAGUCAGCUGAUGGCCUAGACUGGCCUUGCCAGUAAAGCCAUAGGGCAAAUAUGUCAGAGGAAUUUUCUGGUACCUCCAGCCUGAAAACAAGCGUGCGUGUGAUUGGAGGGGCAUUACCUCCCUUACUGCCCUGCUGCCCUCCCGCAUGUCACCUCCUCCUCAGUCAGCUCUGUGACACUCUUCAUGAAGGAAAACAGGUCUCCAUAGCUGGCUCCCUGGAUCUUGCAGAGGAGCCUCCUCUGACCUCCCCAGGGCAGUGCCAGCAGCAUCUAAUUCUCCAGUGCUCUUGGCUCUCUGGAUCCACAUUCCUGUGCGUGUGCAUGCACACGUGUAUGUGUGUGUGCGUGUCCCUAGCCCCCAGUGUAACUCCCCUCACUGCUGUGCAUAUGGUGAUGCAGCCUUAAUUUAUAGCUAACCUCAGAGCAUUCUACAUGUGUGUAUAUAGAGUCCAAAUCAGAUUUCUAGCUUGAAAAUAGAUCUUUGUACCUACAAAAACCCCUCCCCAUAUCAAAAUAAAAGAAUGGCGCAGAAUGCCUGGUGUGUACCCUUCCUUGGGAAUCUCCAUCAGUCUG